CUUAUCGUUCACAUCACACAAUUAUCCAACCAACAAAAAGUUAGGGUUAGGGAUUUCACUUUUUCUAUCUGCGAAAAGGGGGAAGAAGAAAGAACGAAAUUCUCAUUCUCAUCCAAAAUCCAUCCAACCACCAUGUCUUCAGCGAAGAAGAUCACGCUCAAGAGUUCCGACGGCGAGGCCUUCGAGGUCGACGAGGCGGUGGCGCUCGAGUCACAGACGAUCAAGCAUAUGGUUGAGGACGACUGCGCCGACAGCGGCAUCCCUCUGCCCAACGUCACCAGCAAGAUCUUGGCCAAGGUGAUCGAGUAUUGCAAGAAGCACGUUGAGGCUGCGAAUCCCGAUGAGAAACCCACCGAGGAUGAGCUUAAGGCUUGGGAUGCUGAUUUCGUCAAGGUUGAUCAGGCCACGCUGUUCGAUCUCAUCCUGGCUGCGAACUAUUUGAACAUCAAGAGCCUGUUGGACCUUACAUGCCAGACUGUAGCUGACAUGAUCAAGGGGAAGACACCCGAGGAGAUUCGCAAGACCUUUAACAUCAAGAAUGACUUCACCCCUGAGGAAGAGGAGGAAGUUCGUAGGGAAAACCAAUGGGCAUUUGAAUGAUUUUGUUAAAGCUUGAAAACUUAUAAGUUAAUAUGUGUUAUGUGGAUCCAUGCUAUGUUUGUUUUUUGUUUUAAUCAAAGGUCUGCAUGUAGAGUAUCUGUGCAAUGAACCUCGUCUAUCUUUUGGAUUAUUUCUGUUGACUAUGUUCACUGGUCAGAACUAUCUUCAUGAACUUAAUGAGCAUUUUGAAAUGUAAGUAAUAGUGAAUUAUGAAUUGACGAGGGGAUGCGUUUAUUC